AUGAAGAUAAAUAGUUGUGGUGCUGAUGUUCAUACUUCACAAAAUCCGAGGCUCAGCUUUGAUUUGGUGUCAAAUGCUGUAUCUGAACAUGUUAGGGACAAACCACUAAUGUGCCCCACUGAUGUGGCAUAUACUUUCAAGGCAGACUAUGGACUUGAUAUCAGCUACCAUAUAGCAUGGUUAGGUGUUGAGAAAGUGAGAAAUGCUAUGCAUAGUGAUUACUUAACAUCGUUUGACCAACUGAGAUGGUAUGGUGAUGCUACUAAGCAUUAUAAUCCGGAAAGUCAUAUCAAUAUUGACUGUGAUGUUAAGACUAGUCAAUUUAAAAGGUUUUAUGUAGCAUUCGCUACAUGCAUCAAUGGCUUCAAAUAUUGUUGCCCUUUGCUUUUUCUUGAUGUAACAUUUCUAAAAGGGAGAUACAAAAGGCAAUUGCUUGCAGCGACAGCUAAAGAUGGAUCGUUUCUGGUAGCCUUUGCAAUAGUUGAUUCGGAGAGGGAAUCGAAUUGGUCAUGGUUUUUAUAUGAACUAUCAAAAGUAAUUGUUGAUGAUAGAUGCAUGACGUUUGUAUCUGAUUGUAACCUACGGCUUUUAGAAGCAAUGCCAAAGGCAUUCCCAUCAGCAUAUCAUGGAUGGUGUUUACAACACCUAAAGAAUAAUUUUAGGGACAAGUUGAAGGGUAUGGAGAAUGGUUUCAAGGAACACUUAAUAGGCCAGUUGGAUGAUUGUGCAUAUGAACCUAUUGUGACGGGUUUUCAUACAUUACUAGAAGAGUUGAAGAGUGAGGGGAAACAACGAGCAUAUUACUUCUUGUCAAGGUUGGAACCUGAACAUUGGGGAAAUGCUUACUUUAAGUAA